CUCUUCUACUUUCUACAUACUCUUUACCCUCCAUAUCUAAAAUAAUCCAAAUCAAAUCAAAAUGGCCUCCGGACUCAUCCUCAACCCCCACAACCUCCUCCGCGCCGCUCCCCUCAUCUCAUCCACCUGCACCCUCUGGUUCGCAUUCGACCAAGACCUGGUCCUAAACGUCUUCUUGCAUCCGGACCACCGUCCCCGCAGUAAUGAGAUCUUACCAUCCUAUUUCCGCGUGUUCUUCCGCCGCGGUGUCAUCCGCGUCCUAGGCCUCCUGGCCCUCUCCAUGGCAGGAGGCGGAUACAACAUUCUAAAGGACCGUCGAUCAGGGGUCGUCACGGGCCUCCGAUCAUCCUUGUCGUGGUAUGUAGCCGGCACAGCACUCGCCGCUAGUCAUCUGCUUUACGUCCCUGUUAUUGCUCCGAAGGUGCUGGCCAUCAUGGAGGAUGAGUCGAAGGGUUCUUCGACGGAGGAUCUGGAGGGUUGGUUGACGAUUCAUCGGGUGAGGACUUGGACGGUGGAUUUUGCGGCGUGGGCUUGUUUUGCGGUGGGGGUGGGGUUGGCGUAGGUAAUCUGGGAUUGGUUUUGUGU